AUGAUUCCAAUCCCCGAAUGCCUCGCCGACAUGGGCGAGGAGGUGGUAGACGUGGAAGAGGGUGCGCCAGCCCAAAUACCAAGGAUAGCUAUACGAACUAACGCGCCUAUAGAAGCAUUUCUCCUCUUUGCCCAGGAGGUUCCAAGCAAUAAUCUGGGGAUGAUCGAUCCUCGUGCCCCAGCAGUCGAAGUGGCCAUCAGUGACAAGGAAUUCACCAUCCAUCAAUCCCCAUCAUUGCUCUCCUCGCAUCGAGCCGGAGGCACAACUGGCGCCGUCCUGUGGAAAAUCACCCCCCGCUUCGCAGAAUGGAUCACCAGUCCCAAAAACCCUCUCUGGGUACACGGUCUCCUCGAUCAAUCCUCAACUGUCGUCGAGCUGGGCACUGGGAUCUCAGCGCUGGUCGCUCUUAGCCUUGCCCCAUCCCUACACCAUUAUAUUGCAACCGAUCAAGAAUACGUGCAUAAAUUAUUUAGGACAAAUGUCGACGCCAAUGCGUCCACUUCUGCCGCGCCAGCCACCUCGAACAAGAAAGGCAAAAGCAAAAGCUCCAAGGCCAAACCCAAGCCCGCGAACCCCGUGACUAAUAUCUCUUUCACGACGCUCGAUUGGGAGACUGAUCAGGCGGGCUCGUUGAAAGAAGAAUGUCUCGACUCCGUCGACGAAGACAAAGGUUUCGAUCUCCUGCUCUCCUGUGAUUGUAUCUACAACGAGGCACUGGUGGCGCCGUUCGUGCGUACCUGCGCAGAGAUAUGUCGGCUCAGACCGGCCUAUGUCGAGGGCGAAAUCCCCUUCCGUAGACCGACGGUAUGCAUAAUUGCGCAGCAGCAAAGAUCGCCCGAUGUGUUUGAGACUUGGUUACGGGAGACUAUGCGCGAAUUCCGUGUUUGGAGAUUGAGUGAUGAAGUGCUAGGGGAGGGUUUGAGGAGUGGGUCUGGGUACUUGGUGCAUUUGCUUUUGGUGAAGUAG